ACCAGAUCACUACUUACCAGGUACAUGUACUCUUCGUCUACGUACCUUACUGAUUGAUCGGGGCUCUCCCAGACGCAGAGCUAGCUAGAGUUGGGAACUUCUUCGCUGGAUUGCUAGCUACCUACCUACUCUCUGGGCAGCUCAAAGAAAAGACAACUCUCGCACGCUUCGUACACGUUGAAUCAUCGACGAACAAGUGACUGGACUUUUGCGAGGAAGCAUAACAUACCUUACCUACCUUAGCACAAUGCCACCUCCAAUUCCCUUUGCAGUCGAGCAAUGGAUGGACGACCACGAAACCACCUGCAAGUACAACAUCGCCGAAACGUGCUGCCAAAGCCUCUCCAUCAACGAACUCGCUUCCCUCUCCGAAAACAAAUCCAUCCAACAAAGCCCCUCCUCUCUCCUCGACCUCUCCUCUCCACAAACCUAUGGCGAAAUCCGCGGAAUUUCUACUCUCCGCUCACACCUCUCGCGCCUCUACUCCGGCAAAGUCGGAACCCCUUUAUCCCCCGAAGCAAUCCUCAUCACUCCCGGAGCAAUCGCUGCAAACCAUCUCGUAUUCUACUCUCUCUUGCAUCCUGGCGAUCAUGUGAUUUGUCAUUAUCCGACUUAUCAACAAUUGUACACGAUCCCGGAAUCCUUGGGAGCAGAAGUGUCAUUGUGGAAAUCUGACCCGCAAAAUAAAUGGCUUCCAAAUCUCGAAGAUCUUGGGGAAUUGGUCAAGGAAUCGACCAAACUCAUAAUUAUCAAUACUCCGCAAAAUCCCACGGGCCAGAUUUUGCCCAAAUCGUUUUUGCACAAAUUGGUCGAUUUUGCGGAAUCGAGAAAUCUUACCAUCAUGGCGGAUGAAGUCUAUCGGCCCAUUUUUCACGGUAUUGGGCCUGUGGACUCCGAGUUUCCUCCUUCGCUCCUAUCGCUCGGUUAUAAAAAUACCAUUGUCACGGGGAGUUUGUCCAAAGCGUACUCGUUGGCAGGGAUCCGCGUGGGAUGGAUUGCAUCGAGGAAUCCCGAGCUGGUGGAACAGUUUGCGCAGACCCGCCAUUAUACGACGAUUAGUGUGUCGCGAAUGGAUCAGGAGAUUGCGGCGUUUGCGUUGUCUCCCGAGACGAUUCAUGCGUUGUUGGGGAGGAAUAUUCAACUGGCCAAAACAAAUGUGGCCUUGUUGGAGAAGUGGAUUAUUAAACAUGAUGAGUUUGCGAGCUGGGAGAAGCCGGUGGCGGGGACGACGGGUUUUGUAAAGUUUGAGAGAGAUGGAAAGAGGAUUGAUGCGCAGGCGUUUUGUCGAGAUGUGCAGGAGAAGACGGGCGUGAUGCUGUUGCCUGGUGACGUGGGGUUUGGAGAAGAGUUCAAAGGAUAUGUGAGGUUUGGGUUUGUGUGUGAUACACAAGUGUUGAAGGAUGCACUUGAGGCGCUGAGAGUGUACAUGAGGAAGGAGUUUGACGAUGUCCCGCUGUGUGAGUAG